AGAGGAACGAAGGAGGACCAGGAAGCAUAUCGGAGGAUGUGGAGGAGGAGGAAGAGCAGAGAAGCGGGCAAGCGCAAGCGCCCGUCCGAUCGAUGCCCGUCUCCCGCUCGUAUAAAGCGCUCGUCCUCGGGGGGCGCGCGACAGUUGGCGUUCCGCAUUCGGAACAUGCGCCGCGACGCGGGUGUUCACCGAGUUCACCGUUUCUCCUAGAAAGCGUCCUUGACUGUAUCGUUCUCGCCAGCUCGUUCGCGGACAAACGUCGCGGGCAGACCUCGGAGAGUCACCGCCGUUGUCGUCGUCGUUGUCGUCGUCGUUGUCAUCGUUGUCGUCGUCGUCGUGCUCGAUGACCGAUCUUUUCGCGUCGCGCGAUCAGUCUUGUUUACCGCGGCGAGCAAGUCAGGCCGCGUGUGUUGUCCUUGGACAAUAACAUUCCUCGAGAGUCGCCGUAGCGAUACGGAUCGCUGGUAUCGCGUCGUCCGCCGGCGUACCAAGCGGAGUCCAUUUUCGCGAAAGUGUGGGCCGUUGGCAGUCGGGUCUCGCAGUGAUUACGAACGCGGAGAACGCGAUCGAUCGACGAGUGAAUAUCAUCGGGAUCAGUGGUUGCGGACAGAGAUAGAGAGGGAAUCUCGAAGGGAAUAACGCGGUGGAAGACGCUGGCAAGAUCAGCGCGCGGGACGAUAACACGCACUCGGUGGAUACGCGAUACCUCCGCGUGUUCGCGUUCCCCGGAAAUCCGGCGCGUUGAGCACGGAUGUCCAGGCUCGGCGCGAUCACGCCACGGACGGUUUGACGUCACGACCAUUCACGAUCGAGUUGGCCGCGUCAGAGGCGCGUUCCCCAGCGUCGCCUCCGAAGCAGCGACGAUUCGGCCGGUCAAUUGGUUCGACGUCGCGCGUCACGGCACGACGAAGCCGCGGCUUGAUUACUGGCUCGUUUCUCGCGACGUGUCAGCGACAUUCGUCCCGGGCGAGAUACAUCCGGGCAGGCGUCAGAACGGCGGUCGCUGGACCGUCCGGCGGACGUCUCGACCGCCGUACGGCGAACCGCUGGAGCCAGGAGGUGGAGAAGGAGGGGUUGUGGAGGUGGUGGAGGAGGAAGGCCCGCGGACGUGCAACAAGUUAAGAGGCCGCCGCCGCUACCGUCGACAUCGCUGCCGCCGCCACCGUCCUCGCCACGAUGUGACAUGGAUAUCCUAGCCGUAGCCUGCGCCCUCGUCGCCACGGCCCUCUAUUGCAACACCCUGCAAGCGGGUUUCGUCUACGAUGAUCGAAGAGCUAUCCUGACGAAUCCGGACGUCCUGUCCAGCACGCCGUGGUCCCGGCUGCUGGAGAACGACUUCUGGGGUACGCCCCUGAACGAUCGAGGGUCCCACGGCAGCUACAGGCCUCUCUGCGUGGCGACCUUUCGUUUGAAUCAUCUGCUGGGCGGUCUGGACCCGUGGGGCUAUCAUCUGGUGAACGUCGCGUUGCACGCCGCCUGCACCGUGCUCGUGGUCAGGGUUGCCAGAAAGGUACUGCCUGGAAGAAACAACCUAGGCCACGCGAUCGCCGGCUUCCUGUUCGCGGCGCAUCCGAUCCACAGCGAGGCGGUGGCCGGUGUGGUCGGUCGCGCCGAUCUUCUCGCCUGUCUCUUGACCCUGUCGGCGUUCCUCGCGUACAGCGUUCACUGCGAGCGCACCAGGUCGUCGUUUCCCUUGAUACUGGCCCUAGCGUCCUCCACGCUGGCCACGCUCGCCAAGGAGACGGGGAUAUCGUCGCUGGCUCUGUGUCUCCUCUGGGAACUCUGUCGCGGCGAGUCGGGUCGGAAGGUAAAUUGCGGCCUGACACGCACGCGUAGCAUCGGCAUCGUCUCCGGAAGUUUGGCCCUGCUGGUACUCGGUAGGCUAAGGAUCACCGGCACGAGGCCAGAAUUCGCUAGCGCGGACAAUCCGACCGCCAGGCACCCCUCUCGCCUAACGCGCGGUCUCACAUUCCUCUAUUUACCCGCUGCAAGCGCCAAGAUGUUACUUUGCCCCAGUACGCUAAGCUUCGACUGGUCCAUGGACGCCGUGCCACGAAUCACGAGUCUCCUAGACGCGAGGAACCUCGAGUCUGCCUGUUUGUACACCGCGCUAAUUGGCGCCUCGAUCUGGACGAUAAGGACGCUUCGACGACCACCCCGGGACGUUUCUAGUCUAAAUUUCGCGCAGUAUCAUCGCUCCGUGUCGUCCAGGUGUCCGGUGUGCGCUGGCAGGCGAACAGGGGGCUGUCACACGGACGGCUGUCGAGCGGCGAAUAACAAUAACAACGGGCCGAUCGGCGAUUGCCACUGCGCGAAGAGGCCUAACAGUGGAUCGACUUGGAGCAACGGAUUCGCUGGCAGACAGGCGACGGCGAGCAGCGUCGCGACGUCCCUCGGUUUCCUCGUGCUUCCCUUCCUACCGGCUAGCAAUUUGUUCUUCUACGUGGGCUUCGUCAUAGCCGAGAGGAUUCUCUAUUUACCGAGCGUGGGCGCGUGUCUGAUCGUCGGAGCCGCGAUCUCGUCGUUCUAUCACAUAGCCAGAAGACACGGAUCGAGAAGGAGAGGCAGGAUAGUGCUGCUGGCCACCGCGAUCCUCGUUUGCCUGAUGUCGGCCAAGACGUUGUCGAGGAACACGGACUGGUUCGACGAGGAGAGCCUGUACAAAUCUGCGUUGCACGUAAACCCACCGAAAGCUUAUGGUAAUUUGGGCAGCGUGCUGAGCGCUCAGGGACGCGUCGCGGAGGCGGAGGAGGCGUUCGUCCAGGCGCUUCGCUAUCGACCGAACAUGGCGGACGUACACUACAAUCUGGGAAUAUUGCAGCAGGGCAGAAAGAAUUACGAGGAGGCGAUUCUGAGUUAUCAGCGAGCGAUCCAUUUCCGGCCUUCGUUAGCUCAGGCUUACGUGAAUCUGGGCGCGGCUCUGGCCUCGGUCGGACGCGGAACGGAAGCGGCUGCGGUUUUGCGGGCCGGCGCAUCCUUGGACGGUUCCGGCCUCAAGGACAAGAGGGCUCACGAGGCGGCCAGAGUGCAGGCCCUCCUUCAAUUAGGCGCCCUCUACGCCGAUCAGGGCAGAUUACAAAGGGCCCUGUCGGCGUACAGGGAGGCGCUCGACGCGCUCCCGGAUCACUAUCCACCUCAGAGCGUUUACAAUCUGCUGGGGGAAACUCUAUCGAGGCUGCAACAGUACGCGGAAGCGGAAAGGUGGUUCCAGGCGAGUUUGGCCAGCCAGCCUGACCACGUGCCGGCCCACAUCACUUACGGAAAACUUUUGGCCCGAAACUCGAGCCGCGUGCUGGAAGCCGAGAGAUGGUUCCUGAGGGCCCGUAGGUUGGCGCCGGACGACUCGAGCGUGCACCAUCAUUACGGACUGUUCCUGACGUCGCAGGGUCGACUAUCGGAGGCGGCAGAGGAGCAACUGCGGGCUGCCGAACUUUCCAGAUCCGAUUACGAGCUGUCGAUGGCGGCGGCGUCCGCGCUGCGCCAGGCGGACAGGCUGGAGGACGCCGAGGUGUGGUACAGGCACGCGGCCAGCCUGAGGCCGCACGAGGCGCGAAGUCACACGAAUUUGGGCGCGAUUCUUCACCUAAAUGGAAAAUACAAGCAGGCUGCGGCAGCGUACAGCGAGGCGUUGAGGCUGCAGCCGGGCGACGCGACGACCAUCAUGAACCUGCACAAAUUGGCGGCGAUCCUCGCGUGACCUCGUCACGAUCGCGCGACGGAAACCGACGAGAGAGACGAGUGUGUGUACUAUACGACCCCAGGAAAGACCCUCUACCGACUCGCCGUAUUUCCUGACCCCACGUCUCCCCGAUCUUCCUCCCGAUAUUCGUUUAUAUCCGUCGAUCGGCACGCCAACGUUGCGGGGCUCCAGUCCCCGGGGACCUUGACGGGCUAUCGACUCGUAUC